GAUCCCGCCGGGUCUGGCAGCCGGACCGAACCGCCCGGGAUCAUGGCGCCGGCAUGGCAGCCCCUGCCCCGAUUCCUCACCCAGGCUCUGCUGGCGUCCGUCCUCCUGGCUGACAACUUCUCCCAGGCGGGAGCCUUGGAGACGGUGCCGGAAAGCAACGUGAGCUGCCAAGGGUCCAACACGUGCCAUCCGGGGGUGCUGCUGCCCGUCUGGCAGCCGGACAACCCCUCCUUCGGCGACAAAGCUGCUCGGGCCAUUGUCUACUUCGUGGCCAUGAUGUACAUGUUCCUGGGGGUCUCCAUCAUCGCCGACCGCUUCAUGGCCUCCAUCGAGGUCAUCACCUCCAAGGAGAAGGAAAUCACCGUCACCAAGGCCAACGGCGAGACCAGCAUCGGAACAGUGCGGAUCUGGAACGAGACGGUCUCCAACCUGACCCUGAUGGCGCUGGGCUCCUCCGCACCCGAGAUCCUGCUCUCUGUCAUCGAGGUGUGUGGGCACAACUUCCAAGCUGGGGAGCUGGGGCCCGGCACCAUUGUGGGCAGCGCCGCCUUCAACAUGUUCGUGGUGAUCGCCAUCUGCGUUUACGUCAUCCCCGCCGGGGAGAGCCGCAAGAUCAAACACCUGCGGGUCUUCUUCGUCACGGCCUCCUGGAGCAUCUUCGCCUACAUCUGGCUUUAUCUGAUCCUAGCGGUCAUCUCCCCGGGCGUGGUGCAGGUCUGGGAAGCUCUGCUGACGCUCGUCUUCUUCCCGGUCUGCGUGGUCUUCGCCUGGAUCGCCGACAAGCGGCUCUUCUUCUACAAGUACGUCUACAAGAGGUACCGCGCCGACCCGCGGAGCGGCAUCAUCAUCGGCACCGAAGGGGAGUUCCCCAAAGACAUCGAGAUGGAUGGCAGCUUCCUGGCCAAUGACCACCGGGAGAACGUCUUCAUGGACGGGGCGGCUUCCACGUCCCCGGCCCUGGCCUCCUCCACCCAAGAGGAGAAGGAACUGGACGAGAGCCGCAAGGAGGUGAUCCAGAUUCUCAAGGACCUCAAGCAGAAGCACCCGGACAAAGAGCUGGAGCAGCUGGUGGAAAUGGCCAACUACUACGCCCUGCUGCACCAACAGAAGAGCCGAGCUUUCUACCGCAUCCAAGCCACCCGCAUGAUGACCGGGGCUGGGAACAUCCUGAAAAAACACGUCUCGGAGUUCUCCAAGAAGUCGUCCAACCUUCUGGAGGCGCCGUCGGAGGCGGAGGAGGAGAACUACAGCAAGAUCUUCUUCGAGCCCUGCCUGUACCACUGCCUGGAGAACUGCGGCUCGGUCACGCUGACCGUGGCCUGCCAGCAGGGUGGGGAGGGCAACCACACCUUCUACGUGGACUACAAGACGGAGGACGGCUCGGCCAAGGCGGGCUCCGACUACGAAUAUAGCGAGGGGACGCUGAUCUUCAAGCCGGGCGAGACGCAGAAGGAGCUGAAGAUUGGCAUCAUCGACGACGAUAUCUUCGAGGAAGACGAGCACUUUUUCGUCCGCCUGCUCAACUUGCGGGUGGGGGACGCCGAGGGCAUGUUCGAGUCCGACUCGGCCGACCACCCCAAGGGGCGUCUGGUGGCCCCGCUGAUCGCUACCGUCACCAUCCUGGACGACGACCACGCCGGCAUCUUCACCUUCCAGGACAAGCUGUUGCGUGUCAGCGAGUGCCAGGGCACCAUGGAAGUGAAGGUGGUGCGGAGCUCUGGGGCGCGGGGGACGGUGAUCGUCCCCUACCGGACAGUGGAGGGGACGGCUCGCGGAGCGGGCAUCGACUACGAAGACGCCUGUGGGGAGCUGGAAUUCAAGGACGACGAGACAGUGAAAAGCCUGCAGGUGAAGAUUGUGGACGAUGAAGAGUAUGAGAAGAAGGACAACUUCUUCAUCGAGCUGGGGCAGCCGCGCUGGCUGAAACGGGGCAUCUCGGCUCUCUUGCUAACUCAAGCCGACGGGGACAAGAAGCUCUCGGCAGAGGAGGAGGAAGCCUGGAGGAUCGCCGAGAUGGGCAAGCCGAUCCUGGGGGAGAACUGCCGGCUGGAAGUCAUCAUCGAGGAGUCGUACGACUUUAAGAACACCGUGGACAAGCUGAUCAAGAAAACCAACCUGGCCCUGGUCAUCGGCACCCACUCCUGGAGGGAGCAGUUCCUGGACGCCAUCACCGUGAGCGCAGGUGAUGAGGAAGAGGAGGAGGACGGGCGGGAGGAGAAGCUCCCAUCCUGCUUUGACUACGUCAUGCACUUCCUGACGGUGUUCUGGAAGGUGUUGUUCGCCUGCGUGCCGCCCACCGAGUACUGGAACGGCUGGGCCUGCUUCAGCGUCUCCAUCCUGGUGAUCGGGCUCCUCACCGCCCUCAUCGGGGACCUGGCCUCCCACUUUGGCUGCACCGUGGGCCUCAAGGACUCCGUCAAUGCCGUGGUCUUCGUGGCCUUGGGCACCUCCAUCCCGGACACCUUUGCCAGCAAGGUGGCCGCCCUGCAGGACCAAUGCGCCGACGCCUCCAUCGGCAACGUGACGGGGAGCAACGCGGUGAACGUGUUCCUGGGCCUGGGCGUGGCCUGGUCGGUGGCCGCCAUCUACUGGGCCGCGCAGGGCCAGGACUUCAAGGUGCAGACGGGCACCCUGGCCUUCUCCGUCACCCUCUUCACCAUCUUCGCCUUCGUGUGCAUCAGCGUGCUCAUGUACCGCCGCCGGCCGAGCAUCGGGGGCGAGCUGGGGGGCCCCCGGCCGGCCAAGCUCCUCACCGCCGGCCUCUUCCUCGGCCUCUGGUUCCUCUACAUCCUCUUCUCCAGCCUUGAGGCCUAUUGCCACAUCCGGGGCUUCUGAGCUAGUGUUGGGGGUGGGGACGCUGCCCCCCCUCCACCGUCCCCUUUGCCCAGAGACACCGCCUGGGGGGGAAAGGGGGAGGUCCUGCUCCAUCCCAGCACCCAGAUCUUUGAGUGUCCUCGUUUGUUUUUGUAGGGUCUGCGUGGAACCAGGAGCUGCCCCCCCAAUCUGUCAUGGGUGCAGCCAUUAUAUGGGGGGACGAGGCCCCCCUAAUUUUUAGCACCUCAUUGAUGUCACCUCCCCCCUAUGAACAAUGCCAUGAACAUCGGAUCUGGCACAGCCCCCCCCCCAGCUUAUAGGGGGUGUUUGGAAGUGAGGGUGACCCCUAGGGGCUGGUGAGGUUUGGGGGGAUCGGCGGGGAGUGAGGUUUGGGGGGAUUGCAGGGCAGUGAGGUUUGGGGGGAUUGGAGGGGAGCGAGGUUUAGGAGAAGGGGAAGCUGGCGGGGGGAGUGCUACAAUCCCCCCCCCCAUGGUGUUUUCGUUUAACUUGUUUUGUUCUGCAUUGUGCUCUUCUCCUGGGGUCUGGGGGCGGGCUGGGGCAUCGGCCGGACACAGGGACUCAAACUGCAGCUGGGCCUGGAGGGGUGAUUUGGGGGACGGGGGUGACUCGAUCCCCACCCCGCCCCCGGCUCUGGAGAGGUGCAAGAACCAGCAGCCGGAUCCCACCUGCUGCGGAAGAAGGGCGCCCCCCCACGUGUCGGCCUGUCGCAGGGGGCCGCGCGCAGUGGGGGGCUCUGGGAGCCAGGCAGCUGGGCUGAUGGUGUGUGCCCCCCCCCCGUGCCGCACCCCCAUUGGUUUCAUCGCCGGCCUCUCGCCUCUGGCCGCCCGCUCAUAAACAGGGGGUGGCACUGGGCCCCCUGCUCCACAGCCUGGUGUGACGCCCCGGUGCAGACAUGUGUAUACAUAUUGCGUGCGCACACACACACACACUGCGUGCGCACGCACACACACACACCCUGCAUGUAGACACACACACACUGUGUGCACACGCACACACACAUACCCUGCACGUAGACACACACACACACGCUGCACGUGUAUACAUACUGCGCACAUACACACACACUGCACGUAGACACUCAAACACACUGCGCGUGCAUACAUACUGAGUGCACACACACACACACACACACACUACACACGUAUACAUAGUGAGUGCGCACACACUGCACAUAGACACACACACACUGCGCAUGCAUACAUACUGCGCGCGCUCACACACACUACUGUAUGGACACACUUUACACAUGCAUGCACAUGCUGCACAUAGACACACACACAAAACGCACUCUGCAAGCACAGGCACACACACUGCACAAACAGUUCACACAUACACUGCACACACCCCAUGACUCCCAUUCACAUUUGCACACACACAUACUGCAUGCACACACAUGCACAUGCACUGCAUUUGUGUACACACACACACACACCAUGCACACACAUUCUGCAGGCACAUGUGCACACACAAUCACACAUACACUGCACACACACCAUUCACAUUUGCACACACACUACAGACACACACACAUGUGUCCACACACUCCAUGUGUACACAUGCACUCUGCAGGCACACAUGUAGACACUGCACAAACAUUCACACAUAGACUGCACACACCCCGUUCACAUUUGCACACACACACAUACGUGCACGCACACACACAACAUGCACGUGCACUCUGUAGGCACACGCUAACACACUGCACACACAUUCACUACACACACAUGUUCACAUUUGCACACAUGCCAUAGACACACACUGCAUGCAUGUACACACACUGCAUGUGUGCACGCACACCCACUGCACACACAUAUGCACUACAACAGACACAGACACACACCUGUUCACAUUUGCACCCACGCUACAGAUGCACCCACACACCACAGAACACACAUACAACACACAUGCAGACUAGUCACAAAGUGCAAAUACACACAGAGCAAACCCCCCCACCAUUCCCCCUCUCCCAGUGCCUCUUCACACACCCCGUUCCACCGGGCGGGACCUGGCCCACGGGGGGCGUCAUCAUUCCAUGGGGCAGGGCACGAUCUGCCCCACGGUGGUGCUGGGGUGUGUGUGUGGUGGGGGGGUCGUCCCUUGCAGCACCUGGCAUCUGAUCCAGCCACGUAGCUUGUCAGUCACCACGUGGAGCUGAGGGGUGAUCAAAGUCCCAAAUUGCAUUAACCCCCGAACCGCAGAGGCCUUGCCCCACUGGGACGCUGUGAUCUGUCCUUCGCCCCCCCCCCCGAGACCUGUGUCAAGCCAUUGAUGGGAGCCAUUCGCAAAGGGGGACACAGGGUCCGAUCCCUGCUGUGUGAGGCCCAUUGGCUUGGGGUGGGGGUGAGGAUGGGGGUGCGUGACAUCAUUUCUAAUACCAGGGAUCUUUUGCCUGGCGCUGAGAGACAGCCACCUCUGGGGUGGGACACAGCCGCUGUUUGUACAAGGGAGCGUCAGUAAAGCCAAUGGCUCAGGUGUCUGCGUUGCUCACCGGCGGCACGGCUCAGAUGUGGAACAGCCACUCCAGAAUUUCCAGCGGGCGGGGGCAGAGGAGCAGCUGGUGGGGGCUGCGUGGAAGAUGCAUACAUUAAAAUUACAGGGGGUCGGAAAAAUGGGGUUUUUUUUCCGUGCUGAAUUUCAAGUUUUGGGUGAAAAGAAACCCUACAUCUAUAAUAUUUUGGCUGCAAACAGAAAUAUUUUAAGUCUGAAAUGCCCGUGCAGUGCCUCAUGGGUGGGGUAGUUCAGCUCCCAGCCCCCCUCUUAAUUGGGCUGCUUGAUUGGACUACAUCUCCCAUGAAGCACCACAGCCUUCCUGCUUGGCCGUGGUGCAACAUGGGAAGUGAAGUCCGGCCGGGGAGCGCUGCCCAUAGAGGCAAAUGGGAGCAGAAGGCUCCCAAACUACAACUCCCACGGAGCUCCGCGGACGCAGGCCAGGCGGGAUGUAUUUUCAUUUUGGGUUGAAAAUUGUUCAUUUUGGGGGUGUUCGGGGGGUGUUAAAACAAAACAUGGACAUUUUGGGCGGGAUGCAGCCAAGUCUGUCGGUUGAAACCCAAUUUUCGAAAGAACCGUUUGGGUGACAAUUAAGCCCUAAUUAUGGCCUGGGGUGGGCUUUGGCCGGGGUGGUGCAACUGGGUCAUUUCCCGUUAGGUGUGCACGUCUUUCAAAGGGGGGGGGAACAUUACGUUUUAUUCUUUCCGAGAAGUAGUCCCAAAGUCCAGGCGCAAACAAGCCUUAUUAAGUGGGGGUGGGGGGGGGGGAAAUACGGGUCCUUUUCAAAGUGGCUGGGGGUUAGCCAGCGUUCCCGACUCUCACAAUGCGGGGUGAGGUUUAUAGAUCCCCAACUCCGGGGUGGGUGGAAUUAGCCGAGACUCUUGACUUUAAUAUAUAUUUUUAAAAGUUUCUAGCCCUCCUAGCUGCAGAGAAAAACCCCACAGCGCCACUGCCAGACGCCAACAUGAACACACCCUUCCAGGCCCUGCUGUGUAUUUUUUCCAAAUGCCCCGGAUUUUUUAAGCGCCUCUCCAUUGGCUGCCUUGUAAUUUUUGCACAGGCCAGGCGUGGGCAGCCCACAGCAAGUGUGAAAAAUCGGGACGGGGGUGGGGGGUACUAGGAGCCUAUAUAAGAAAAAGGCCCAAAUAUCAGGACUGUCCCUAUAAAAUCGGGACAUCUGGUCACCCUCCGUGGGCCCUUCCACGAGCCACGUGGCUGGGGCUGCGUGGAGAGAGAUGGCCCCACACAAAGGGCAGGGUUUUUAACCUGGAUUUCUUACUGCUGCGUCCCGGGUUUUUUGGACAAGGACACUUUUCAGACAAGGGAUUUUGUAGCUGGACGGCCUGGGCUGGGGCAGGGAGAGAGGCCGUCUCCCACGCCGUCUUUCUAGUCUCUUUCUUCUCUGUCGGUAGUUUCGUCCGUCUCCCUUUGAAACGCUGGGUCUCUUUCUGUACGAGUCCCCAUAAACCUUUGAAUAUUG